UGUAUUUCAAACCAGCAAAUUUUUAGUCUAAAAAUGUCAAACGCCUUCCUUUGCCUUGUUAUCACAUGUCACAUUAUCUGCCCAGCCUGUAUUGCUGCUCCAGCAGGGACUUUAAGUGGGUCUCCAAGGAACAAGUUGCUGCUCAUCUCCUUUGAUGGCUUCCGUUGGGAUUAUGACCGGGAUCUUGAAACCCCCAACCUGGAUAAGAUGGCCAUGGAUGGAGUGAAAGCGAUCUAUGUUACACCACCCUUUCUCACCAUUACUAGCCCUGCUCACUUCUCGCUGCUAACAGGAAAUUUCGUGGAGAAUCACGGGGUGAUCCACAAUAUUUGGUUCAACACAACCACUCAGGAGAAGAAGCAGUACCAUGCAGCGCAGUUUGUCGAUUCCUAUUGGGACAAUGGCAGUUUACCCAUCUGGAUUACGGCACAAAGACAGGGUUUAAGAACAGGGUCUCUGCAUUUUCCUGGCACAGCUGCAACCUACAAAGGAGAAACAGUGAAUGUGAAGCAGGUGGAACCUCCUAUCUAUAAUCAUGGAAACGAGACAGAAUGGAGACUAAACAUCGAUAAGGUGAUUGGAGACUGGUUCCACCAACAGGACCUGGACUUUGUAUCCUUGUAUUUCGGAGAACCAGAUUUGGUUGGGCACAAAUAUGGACCUGAUUCCCCAGAACGCCGGGAGAUGGUCCAGCAAGUGGAUCGUACUGUGGGCUACAUCCGAGAUGAGAUCUAUUACCAUGGUCUGGCUGACCGACUCAACAUCAUCAUUACUGCUGACCACGGGAUGACUAAAAUCCUACCUGAAGGACAAAUUCAGAGGAUCGUCUUGUCUAAGAUUCCGGGAUUCAGCUUCAAGGAUAUUCAGUUCCAACUUUUAGAUUAUGGACCUGUUGGAAUGCUGCUUCCGAAAGAAGGGAAGCUGGAGAAAGUCUAUCAAGCUCUGAAGGGAGGACACCCUCACCUCCAUGUGUACAAAAAGCAGGACAUGCCAGAACGACUACAUUACAGUUCUCAUCCACGACUUCUUCCUAUCAUCCUCUUGUCUGACCCUGGAUACGUCAUCAGUGGGUUUGUACCAUUGCAAAUCAACAAAGGAGAUCAUGGCUUUGACAAUGAAGUCAUGGAUAUGAAAGCCUUCUUCAGGGCGGUGGGACCCAAUUUUCAGAAAAACCUGAUUGUCAAUCCGUUUGACCUGGUUAACGUGUACCCACUUAUGUGCCAUCUCCUUGGGAUACAACCGGAGCACAAUGAUGGACACUUGGACAAUACCAAACACAUGCUGACUCCUAAGAAAAACACGGGAAGCGACCAUGAUGGUGCAGAGGGCAACACUCAAACGGAGGUGCUGAUAGGACUGAUAUCCGUGACAGGGUUUCUUGUCCUUGUGUUUAUCGUCACCCUCUCCUACAACACGUACAAAAGGACAAAAGCAUAAGGUGUUAUGGAAGUCCGAUAUAAAUCAUAUUUAGGCAUAAACCUUAUCUGGAUGCCGCAGCACCCACACAAAAAAUGCGCCUUUCCGGGAGUCAAAGAAAGGGUCUUUGCUGUUAAUCCAUCAAGUGUCUCUCUGCAGUGCCAUUUUUCAGUCUUCCAUAAAGUGAAGUCUAUUCAAAUUAAUACGUGGGUAUCCAUACCGCAUCUUCUCUCAGGUCUGGAUCACGUAUUGAAAAUUUUGAAACAUUUACAACAGCUACUAUACAUUUUAAAUUCUAUAAAAUGACAUGAUUGUUAUUAUCAUACAGGUAAUAUUGUGAAUAAAUGAACUGGUGCACCAAACAGUACAUAGAGGUAAAUGAUACAUGAACUGGGGUCAAUUAUUAAUAACUCUUAGUCACUACUAUACAGAGGAACCCGCGUAACUGCCGGCCUGAGUCGACUUAGGCCAGCACUUAGGAUAGGUGUGAUUCAGUGGCUUUUGUCAACAUAAACAUGGAGAACCAAAUGAACAAUUUUUAUGAACAUUGUGCUGUAGCACUGUAAAUGUCCUCAUGAUCACUUUAGCCGCAACAUAUACUUUCUACUUACAAAGUGAUAAAACAUGAACACGAUGACUAAGCCACCUAAUUUACAAAAGCUUUGCACAUGUAUGAAGGUUUAUUUUAGUCUAAAAAGUAUCACUUGUUGAUAAUAAGAUAUGAUGACUGCACUAAUUAGCUUUGUUAUUGGCAUCUACAAAACAUGCAAGCCAUACUUAUUGGGCUUAACUCCGAUUUGCAGGCAAACACCACUGCCUCCUAUAGCCCAACACCUGAAUCACAGGUAACUACAAUAAUGAACUAUUUGGAAAAAAAGAUAUAAAAAUAACUGAAAACUUGUUGAAAAAUAAACAAGUGAUUCAAUUAUAAAUAAAGAUUUCUACACAUAGAAGUAAUCAUCAACUUAAAGUGGCCUCUUUUGGAAUUAUAAUAGAGAUCCAUCUGGAUUCAUGAACUUAAUUCUAAACAUUUCUUCACAAAAAGAGAAAUCUUUAACAUCAAUAUUUAUGGAAUAUGUCCACAAAAAAUCUAGCUGUCAACACCGAAUAUUGCAUUGUUGCAUU